GAACACGUGUCGGCAUCACGCUUGCCGUACUUGGCUCCGCCAUUGUUUGACAGCUCUCGUUGCUAACCAGAGGCUUUCCUGGAGACCUACUCAACAAGAACAAGAGAAAGAAACAUCAAAGGGUCGUGUUGAUUUUUAAGACGCCUUUCAGCGACACAGAGACCAUGAAAGAGGACAGACGAUAACGUUUCAGCCAGGAUCAAAGAUGAAGUCAAACAACUGCAAUGUCCUUUUUGCCAGAGGGAAGUGGCCUGGUAGAGAAGCUGUUCUAUGAUGUCAACAACACAGAUUUGCUACAAGGCCAGGGAAGCUGAGAUCUAACACAACAUCGCUGCAUCGCUAGCAUGUACAAAGACUACAGAUCAAGCCGAGUCACCGGACUCAACACUCUUCCCUUUGAUCCAGCAACCAACAACGACCCUCUCCACUUCAGCAGUUCCAGUGGGCAACUGGUGUCAGAGUGUCCUCCUCUGGAAAACACAACCGAGAAUAGCAAGAAGAGGAAGAGAGCCAGCCUGCCUCCAGAAGGUAUCUGCAACAUGACAAUGGACUCCAACUCGAUGACAAUGCCCAUGUCAGACCCCAACGCCUGGGCAACGGCCAUGAACAACCUGGGGAUGCCUCCCAUCGGAAUCACUGGACAGCAACUCAUGCCAGAUUUUGAUCCCAGCCUUGGUAUGAUGGCUGGAAUUACCCCCCUGAAUCCCAUGAUGCCCGGCCUCGGUAUGGUGCCCGCUCCCCUCUCCCAGGAACUGCCAGUUGUCAAGGAGAUCAUCCACUGCAAGAGCUGCACGCUGUUCCCCCCCAACCCCAAUUUCCUGCUAGAAAAGUUUCUGCCUGGAGACUUUAUUCAAACAAGUCUUACAAGUCAUCUUCAAGACCUUCCACCUCCAGCCACAAGAGACCGCCCUCCGGGUUGUAAGACGGUCUUUGUCGGCGGUCUGCCAGAGAAUGCCACAGAGCAACUCAUCAUGGAAGUCUUCGGGCAGUGUGGUGAUAUCACUGCCAUACGCAAAAGCAAGAAAAACUUCUGCCAUAUCAGAUUUGCUGAAGAGUUUACUGUGGACAAGGCUCUCUUCCUGUCAGGCUACCGUAUUCGUUUGGGCUCCAGCACAGACAAAAAAGACUCCGGCCGUCUCCACGUGGACUUUGCCCAGGCCCGAGACGACCUCUAUGAGUGGGAGUGUCGCCAGCGCAUGUUGGCCAGAGAGGAGAGGCACCGGCGCAAGGUAGAGGAGGAUCGCCUCCGGCCACCCUCCCCUCCUCCCAUCGUCCAUUACUCAGAGCACGAGUGCAGCCAGCUGGGAGACAAGAUCAAAGACGACGGAAAGUUUUCUGAAGCAGUGCGUGUUCUCUUGACCUGGUUGGAACGAGGCGAAGUCAACCGCAGGAACGCAAACAACUUCUACUCCAUGAUCCAGUCCUCAAAUGGCCACAUCCGCCGGCUGACAAGCGAAAAGAGUCAGCAUGAGAAGGAGGUGGAAGAGGCCAAAGACAAGUUCAAGACUGCUCUGGCCGGCAUAGUUGGUCAAUUUGAACAGAUUGUGUCUGUAUUCCAAGCUGCAUCCAAACAAAAGGCAUGGGACCAUUUCUCCAAAGCGCAGCGCAAGAACCUGGACAUGUGGCGGAAACAAGCAGAGGAGAUUAGAAACAUGCACAACGAGCAGCUGAUGGGCAUCAGACGAGAGGAGGAGAUGGAGAUGUCGGACGAUGACAUGGAGGAUUCCCCUGACAGCAAGGACUCUGAGGACUCAGGUGUCUCCCAAGCAGAAGCCUUGAAGGAAGAGAAUGACUCUCUGCGCUGCCAGUUGGACGCCUACAGGAAUGAGGUGGAGCUGCUCAAACAGGAACAAGGCAAGAACCAACCAAUCAGCAGUGAGGAGGACACAACACACUCUCAGCAGCUCAGCUUUCUCCAGCAGGCUCUGCAAGGCAUGCAGAAGCAACUGUUAAAAAUGAGGGACGAAUUAAAACAGCGGGAGGCAGAGCUGGAGAAGAGUUUGGAGGACAAACAGCAGCUGAAGAACCAAGUCCAGAAUCUGAAGGAAGGACUCCAGAACCUGCAGAACACAGACAUUAUGCAGCUGGAGACGUCGAAGCAAGAUGACAGAGGCAGCGAAGAGAGCACUAAUCAAACCAGUGAAGCCACAGUAACAACAGUGGUGUCCUGUAGUCAGGAGAAGGAAGGUCCCACAGAGAAGAACCCCCCGAGUCCUGUUCGCUCAGAGAGGGAAGCUCUGCUAGUUGGCAUCAUUUCGACGUUCCUGCACGUCCAUCCGUUUGGAGCCAGCAUCGAGUACAUCUGUUCCUACCUGCAGCGUUUGGACACCAAGAUCAACACCAGUGAGGUGGAGGCUCUUCUGUCUCGGCUGCCCUGCACUUUCAGACAGGAGCUGACUGGUGUCGGAGCCAGUUUGGAAAAACGUUGGAACUUCUGUGGCUUUCAGGGCAUCAAGAGCACGUAGGACUCUGCCGGUGACACUUCUGGGACAUGGAAGAGAUGACAGGCAGCGACAACACAGGGACAAUGUAGAGGUGUGAAAGACGCCGUAAAAAGCCCACAAAUAUCAAAGACGUGGACUGUACUUGACUGUACAAGGACACAGAAGACUGAGCACAGAUCUCCGAUCGGGAGGGAAUGUUACAUGAGCAUUUCAGGGACUCUGUACGUGGCAGAGAGGUAAAAAAACACGAUUAACAGAAUGUGGAAACCAAACCACGGUCGCAGAGUCUUCAUGAGCUUCAAAUCUGUGUCUGCUAAAUAAUUUUAGACAUAACGAUUCUCCAGGAGUCCCAGACCGCCGUUUCCUAAUGUCACUGGAUUAUUAUGUAGUUAUUGUCCACAGGGGCAGGGCAUUGUGCUUUCUGAGUCUGCAGAUGGCUCAGUAUGGUGUCAGAGUGAGCCAGGACUACAGGGCUAACCAAGGAGGCUAAUCAGGGUCUAGCUGAACACUUCAAACCUCCAAAACCCUUUGGCCUCCCUCUCUCUUUUCUUUUUGCUGUUCAUGAUUUGUAAAAAUAGAUCAAAAAGGAUAUAUUUCUUCAUUUUAUGUGAAGGCUGUUAACAGUUGCAUAGAAUCAUUUGUUGUAAUACACUGUAAAUGCUUGGAUGAUAUUUUUGAGUAUAAAAAGAAAUUUGAGUAUAUCAAAA